AGCUGGCUUGCUUGUCUCUCCUCUCCUGUGGACCAGCUGAGACAGCUCCCUCUGCUCUGCUCAAUUAGCAGUCAGGAAACAGAAAAUCCCAAAGAGUUCAAGUGCAAAGAUGCUCACUCACAUGCACAGAUACACAGCAAGCUCAGACCCCCUUCAGAGACUCUAUCACGGUGGUACCAAGCAGAAGCUGAUGGUGUCUGCACGGAGGAAGUCUUCAGGUUCCAGUGCAAGAAAAACCAGGAAGAGUACUUUCUGGGGUAUUGAAGUAGCUGAGAGUCUCACCUGGCAAGGAUGGUGCCUAGGAAAAGAAUUCACAAAACAUCUCAUUUUGAGAAAUGUGUGCCUGAAAACCCAGAAGCUGAGGUUCAGACCUCCUACGACUCGUUUCUUCAUCACCGUUUUCCCACAGCCAAUUCUGCUGAGUCCUGGGAUGUCCAUAACUCUGCCCAUCAUCUUCUGUCCUUUGGAAAAGAAAGAGUAUGAAGACAGCAUCCUCUUUGAAAAACCAGAGGGAGAGUUCUCUGUUGCACUGCAUGCCAAACUGCCACAUCUUGAUAUGCUUUUUCCAGAUAGUAUCCAGAUUCCUGCAUGUGCUGUCUAUGACAGUACAGAGGCUUCAUUUACCAUGUACAAUGAUGGAGAUCUACUGACAUGCUUUAGCUGGGAGGUGCCAGGUCCUUUCUGCCUUCUUCCUGCCCGUGGCAUGUUGGAUCCUGGUGAAGAGUGCACAGUGAAAGUGAUCUUUCAACCUGAGGUGGCUCAUGUGCAUAACGUAUCAGCAAUAUGCAGUUUUGGAGAUACCCAGGAGCAGAAGACUAUCAGGCUGAAAGCUGUUGCUAAAUAUCCCCACCUGCUGGUGAAUGUGCCGGGAGACUCAUGUGAAGAUGCCGGGCUGAGAAACUUCCGGGAUGUGCUCUGCUUUGGUGCCAUUGCUGCUGGCACCACUGUUGAAAAAUGUGUGGAUAUCUUCAACGUGUCUGUGGUCAGUGCCCCAUUCAGGAUUGAGAGAGCAAAGGAGCUAGUGUUUCGUGAUCGUGUCUUUUCCUGUGAUGCCACCCAAGCUAUUGCUCCAGCUCGUGGGAAGUCAGUCGUUCCUGUGCAGUUCAGCCCACACACUGUGGGUGUAAAGAGUGUGGACUACUUCACUGUUAUGCCUAUUGGGAGCAGCACACAUUCUGUGCUGAAGGUGACAGGAUCAUGCAAAGGUCCUGAGGUUUCUUUUCAGCAUCCUUUUGUCUACUUUAGCUGCAUUAACCUUGGGGAGUACUUAAUUCAGCCCUUGGAGAUGACCAACACCUCUGAUGUCCCAGCCUACUAUCAAUUUGACAUUGACUGCAAACAGAGUGUCUUUUCCUUUGACCGCCCUUGUGGGAUUUUGGGUGGGAUGUCUACUAUCACACUGAAGGUGAUCUUCCAGCCCACCUACCCAAUCAUUUGCUACCGGCGAGUUGCGUGCCUUGUCCAUCAUCAGGAUCCAUUGUUCCUGGAUUUGAUUGGGACAUGCCACUCGGAAACAAUGAACCCAGACAUUCUGAAAUUGAAGGACCUUACCAGGUACAGGACACACAUGGCCAGAGGACUGACUUUUUUCCCACCGGACAUUCUGGGCACGAUGCUGAAGGAGGGCAAACUGUUGGUGGAUGAAAAGGGAGCUCUCACGCUCCCACUAGAGAUGCUGGAGGACAAGCCCCCUGAGGAGUAUCCUGUUAUUGAGCCCAUGGUUGAAUAUUUCCAUGAUGGUAUAAGCAGCGAUCUCACUGUGUUUCCUCCCCACGUCAGCCUUAGCAUCAAGGAAUAUGAUUUUGGCUGCUGUGCAGAGCUUCAAGAGGUAGAGCCUCUCCCUCUCUGUGUGACCAAUCACACAAAGGGAAAGAUCACUGUUAUGUGGACAAACAACCCAGAUAGUCCUUUUCAGGUGAUCCCAGACAGUUGUGACAUCCCAUCUCUGAAGACUAUGGCUUUCCGCAUAACCUUCCAGCCUCCCCUGCUCAAUUCCAUGUAUGCAGCUGAAGUGGAGGGCUUUGCCUUCUACAAGGUGCUGCGACACUACAACAACAUUGAGGAGCCUUUCACCAUGUGCCCAUCCUGGAACUUGGCCAUCCGUUUGCACGGACACACUUUUCAACCUGGGCGGCAGCACUUCAUCCCGCAAUACACCUUGGACUGCCACAAGGUCUUCCCUCCAGUGUGCCCAAACACAACCACGUACCGCAGCAUGCUGCUCUGCAAUGUGGGCAGCAGUGCCAUAAGCUUCAGCAUAAGCCGGGAGAAGUGUCCUGCUGUCCUGGUCAAGCCCAGCUGUGGGUAUAUUGCACCUGGAUCCCACCAGAUCUUCCUGCUCUCAACCUGCCCUGUGGAAACAUCUAUACAGCAGCACAUCUUGUCCUUGCAUUUCAAUUUCUGGCCCUCAUUCACCCAGGAGAUCCCACUUCAGAGCAGUGCUGAGCCCCUGGUCUUACACUUAGAAGGUGAUGGCAGCCUGUACUUCAAACCCACAUGUGUGGGCACCUCCUCCUCACGCACCUUCACCAUCAAGAACUGUACCCGGUUACCCAUGCUCUUCAGGUGGAAAAUCCAGCAGUCAGACAAAAAACUCCUGUGCGUCCAGCCUGCUGAAGGGACUAUACUGCCCAAUGAAGCAUUGGCUCAGACAUGGACCUUCACUCCUGGUGAGCAGAUCAAAUAUCUUCUGCGGAGUUGGGUGACAGUGUGGAGAGACCAAGAGAUACUGGAUGACAAGACCCCAAAGAACGUCCGCUAUUUCCUGCGGGUUAUUGGGGAGGGAUCACUGGGCACCAUAACAGCACAAGAGGAGCAGGUAGAUGUUGGUAACAUCCUGGUUGGCAGCAUGCAGUCAUGUGAACUUAGAUUAUUUAAUAACGGGGCCUGCUCUUUAAAAUAUAUCCUCAGUGUGGAGCAGAUGUUCACUGGACCAUGUGACCCUGAGGAAGUUGCCAGUGACCCCUUAGCAAUAGAACUUGAUCACUACAAAGGCACGAUUCCUGCUCGGGGGAAGAUCUUUGUGCAAGCAACUCUUAGGCCCGCACGCCAGUUGCGCUACACCUGGACAAUCAAUUACACCAUUUCCACUCCCAAAGCCACAAAUCCUCUUGGGGAAAAGCAGCCAGUUUGUUGUGUGAUAGCAACAGGCGUCUAUCCAUCCAUCUGCAUCACUGAUGCCUGUGGGACAGGAAGUGCCUGUGGCAUCAGUAAGCUGCAUCUCUGGCGGCUUUUCUCUUUGGAGACUCUGAACCAGUAUCUGGAGCGAGAUCCAACACCACAAGAACUCACCUUCAGAGUGCCUACCAGGCACAGCACACAACGAAUCCCUCCAGUUUACACUCCCGUCAUGUUGGAUUUCAACUUUGGUGCAGCUCCUGUUGGAUGUGUACCCUCUGUGGUUGUGCUGAUGCUACAAAACAGUGGAGCGAUACCUGUGAACUGGGCCUUUCUGUUUCCUUCUGACCAGAGGAUUGACAUGGAAUACUGGGCAGAAAGUGCAGAAUUUGACCCCAGUGAGCUGCACCAGAUGCGGGUCCAGGAUAAUCAGCUUUUUACCAUUUCUCCCAAGGCAGGAAAGCUUCUUCCAGGGCAACAGCAAAUUAUACAACUAUCCCACAGACAUGAUUUCAUUGGCACCGACCGGCUCCCAGUCCUGCUGAAGAUCUCCCAUGGUCGAGAAAUUCUGCUGAAUUUUAUUGGUGUGACAUUGAAUCCUGAGCGCCUCUACAUUCACUUCACUACAACCAAGCAUUUAUUCACACCCAUUGCUAUUGGCACUUAUGACCCUCCUAAACAGAUCUAUGAACUGUACAAUGGAGGUGCCACAAGUGCAGUGUAUGAAAUCCAGGUGGAUGCUCUGACACAAGUACAGGAAGAGAAUUACCAUCAUGCAGUGUUUGUUUGCCUGAACCCAAGGGGAGAGAUUGGUCCAGGCUUGACAGCCCAUACCGAAUGGAUCUUUUCGCCACUGGAAGCCAAAAUGUACUCGGUGGACGUGCCCAUCCACAUCCUUGAUGGGGACUGUGCUCUGAUUACCUUCCAAGGCAUAGGCUUCGAUCCACAUGUUAUGGGAGAGACAGCACAAUUUGACAAAGUAGUGUCUGCUGCAACAACACCAGCUUCUGCCAAAUUAGGAGUGCCUGGCCUGACAGUGUACUUAUCUCAGCCCCGGAUUUGCUUUGGCAACAUCCCAGUCUACAGCAAAUGCAGCCGUCUCUUUUUUCUCAACAAUGACUCCAAGAACGAGGCCAUCAUUUUUGCUUGGCACACUGGGACUUCCAAUGCCAUGGUGAUAAUGAACAUCAUUCCAGAGACUGGAGUUGUGCAGGCUGGGGAAAGUACCCCAUGUGUUCUCACACUGCAUGCCAGUGAAAAUCCAUGCUUCUACAAUGUGGAUUUGAUCUGUGAGAUUUUCAUGCAGCGCCCACUCGAUCAGUACGAGAAAGAGCUGCAGGAAUGGGAAGCUGAAAAGGCACGGCAGGCUGUGGAGUUCACCAUCACAGAGAAAGACCUAAACGCAGAGAAGAACCAGAAAGAGCCUUCAAAGGGCGCUCCAAACUCUUUGGGGUCAGCAAAGCUUCCUGCAGCACUUUCAGAGAUCCGGAAAUACAAGACUCUUCCGCCCAUUAAGAACAUCCAUGCGCCUAACCCCCCUGCCAGCCGCAGCCAGAGGAGGCAUAUAAGGAACAAAGAGGCCAACAGGUUGUGGGUCAAGCCAGAGCCCCCCAAACCCUUCCUCGUGCACUUGGGGGUUACAGCCAGGUCACACUCAAUUGAUGGCUUCCUGACCAACUUCUCUAAUGACUUACCCCAGCACUUCCUUUACCGCCAACUUAAGAAGAAGACUGCACGAAGGAUGUCCCUGAGCGGGAGCAGGAGUAAAACCAAGAGAGCAUCCAUAAGGGAUCCAAGUUUGGUGGAGCUAGAAAGCUGUUCAGAACAGGAGGCACAGCUAGUAACAGAUAUGCUGUCUACAGUGAUCAAGGGUUUGCUGGAGGAGAUCCAGUUCCAGGAAGCAGUGAUUAGAAGUCUUGCAGAGCCCACACCCUACUUCUGCCAGUUCUGGAGUGAGGAGUCGGCCAAACAGAAGCAGAGCUCAGCUGGCACCUCACCAACAAUUACGUCCCCAGUAUUCACCACUAAGAAUAGGACAGAAGAUGAAGAUGCUGGAGGAGAAGGAGAAGUAUCUCCUUCAGGGACAUCAGAUGCUCCAGAGACCCUAAGUGCUAUUAUUCGCAAGGAACAGUUCCGGGAGCAGAAAGAAACCAUUAUCAGGUUACCAGCAUUUGCAAAUCUGACUGAGAUGGUGCUGGACAACACCAUCCAAAACAUUCUGGUGGAGGCCAGCCGUGGGGAGGUGGUGCUGACAGCACGACCCAGAAUCAUUGCACUUCCUCCUGUUUUCUCCCAAAAAGAAAUCAGUCCUAUUGCUUCGAUGUACAAAUCAUCACUGGCCCACCCUACUACAACACCACUGAUCAGUGUCCCCAGCGAGAUCAAGGACUACGAAGGGCAUCGGCACAUCAUCUUGCCUCCCUAGGAGCUUGGCGAAAUCUGGUACCACCUAAGCCCAGUAUUUGUAACUGGCUAGCCCUUGUAUGAGCCACAGCCCUACUGGACAACUACCUCCUUGGAGAUGGGUCAAAGGAGAAAUGACUGGCAGAGAAUCUUAUGUGACCCUGCCCUGUGCCAGGGUUUUUACCAGGGGGUCUUUAAUCUGUGGCUGUUGAAAUACAACUCUGUUUUGCAUCAAAGGGGAAGGGGUUUCAGUUGUGCCAUGUGAGAGAGAUUAUUAGGUUUUUCAAAUUAAGAUGACUUUGUUUUCAUCUC